AUGAAACGAAACCGAACAGAGGAACUCGCGAAACAAUGGUUAACAAAGGGCGGCGUUUACCGUGAGGAUUCAGACGACGAGCUUGGAUAUGAGGACCAUCCGUGGGAAUGGAUAUACGAAGCGGACCAAGCUUCUACUGGAGACACCCGAUUAAGCGAUUCUGAUGAUGAAACUAAUUGUAUGACGCCCACAAACCGCAAAGUCCCACAUCGUUCACGGAGGAAAGCCACAAAGAAAAUCAUAGGGGCAAGGAUGGGCUCGUUCGAGUGCAGGCUGGGGCAGGCGGUACUGCUAAAGUCCCCAGAGCCCGGAAAGGACUGGGCUGGUAUCAUUUGCGAGUUCCUAGAAGAGGAGGAGGAGGGGGAUGAUGAGGAUGAUGAAGACGAAGAUGGUACCGGAAGCCUGGUAAAAAGCGCCAAUAUCAUGUGGUUCGCAUCGCCGGAUGAAUUUCUGGGAACGAAAAACAAGAGAAGGGAAGAUGCUUUGCCUAAUGAACAAUACAUAACUAUGGAUUUUAAUGUCAACCCAUUGACGUCGAUAGAUGGAAAAGCGAUUGUUCUAUCAAGAGCUGCAUUCGAGGAGCGGUACCCGAACGGGAUACCCCCAAAAGGGAGAGCAGCAUUGGCGGAGUACCACAAAUGUAUCAUUUGCCGAAGAGGUGUCAAUCAACUUCAAGGGAAGUACACCGAAGAAUUUGUAUGGGAGGAUAUCUUCGACGGGACCGAAGAGGGCUUGUUUGCCCUUAUCGAUUUUAUGAAAGCUGGAUUGAAGCGGUCUCGAAAGCGAAAGGGAGCAGAUGAUGACUAUGCAGAUGUCAAAGAAAACGGAAGUGCGCCGACUACUCCACGAAAAAAACACAAAAGCUCAUCAGUAGCAGGGACACCGCAAUCCCGACAUCGUCGGAAGGUUCUAACUACUCCAACUCAUAAGAGGAUUGUGGUCAAGAAACCAGUAGAAUUUACUCCAUUAGGAACUCGAAUACUCUCUCCAUCUCAUUUUACGUCAUCUCCAUAUCGACAGGCCCGCAAUCUUCUACAUGUGUCAAGCGUCCCGGCUUCUCUUCCUUGUCGAGACAGCGAAUUUAACACUGUCUACGACUGUCUGCGUCUCGCCAUCACUGACGGCACUGGAACAUGUAUUUAUAUAUCUGGACCUCCCGGUACAGGGAAAACCGCAACUGUUAGAGAAGUGAUAGCGCAGCUUAAUGCGUCCGUGCUCGCAGAAGAAUUAGACGACUUCGUAUUUGUUGAGAUUAACGGCAUGAAAGUUACGGAUCCGCACCAGUCGUACUCAUUGCUUUGGGAGGCCUUGAAAGGCGAUCGCGUUUCACCAUCUCAUGCACUUGAUCUUCUGGAACGGGAGUUCUCUCACCCGUCCCCUCGUCGGGUACCUUGCGUUGUUUUGAUGGACGAGCUAGACCAGCUUGUUACUAAAAAUCAAUCGGUUAUGUAUAAUUUUUUCAAUUGGCCAGCAUUGCGAUACUCCCAUUUGAUUGUGCUAGCCGUGGCCAACACGAUGGACCUGCCCGAAAGAACCCUUAGCAACAAAAUAUCAAGUCGUCUAGGCUUGACCCGAAUUACAUUUUCCGGCUACAAAUACCAAGAGUUAAUGGAAAUUAUUGGCUCUCGCCUUAGCAACGUACCGGGAAACUUAGUCGACCCAGAUGCCAUUCAAUUCGCAAGCCGUAAAGUUGCCGCAGUUAGCGGAGAUGCACGACGCGCCCUUGACAUUUGCCGGAGAGCAGUGGAAAUAGCAGAACAAGCCAGUGAAAUUGCAGAAAAGGCCAAACUAAAAUCUGCCCUUUCGCUUUCCAACGGAGAUGGCAUACAUAUGGAUGACAUGGAGACAUCCUCGCUCCCUCCAACACCAAGCAAAAGCGCAUCGCGCCGAAACCGCGUGGCAGGACCCGCGCAUAACAAGCUUCCACCGAUCUCAGAAACGGAAUCAAACCCUCUCCCGUGUGUUACCAUCACAACCAUCAAACAAGCCAUCCAAGAAGCCACCUCCACACCUCUCCAACAGUCACUGCGCUGUCUGCCAUUAACAGGCAAGGUAUUCCUUGCAGGCCUACUGGCUCGCAUCCGUCGAACCGGCAUCACCGAAUCCACGUUCGGGGACAUCCUCGAUGAAGCAAAGCGAGUCGCCGACGCAGCAGUCGCAGUCGCUGGUGCGGCAAGCAGCAACUUGAAAGCGUACUUGUUGCAGAAGGGAAGCGAUACGCGCAUAUCACGGGUGUGCGCGAUGCGGUUCGCCGCUGUGGAGCUGAUGAAUUCUGGUAUUUUGGCUCUGGAAGGGGAGUUGAGCGCUAAGGGAAGCGGGUCUGGGAUGGGACAUGCGUUAGGGGGAUCGGAUAGAAGUGGGAAGGUGAGGUUGAGGAUUGCGAGUGAGGAUGUGAGAGCUGCAUUCCGGGAGGAUGAGGAGGCGAAGAUGUUAGGACUGGGUUUUGAGCAAUGA